AUGCUAUCUCAGUUUCUUAUAUAUUCGUUAAUCUGUGUACUUUUCACAUUCAGUUUUGUCUCUACUGAUGAGAAAACCUGUAGUAAAACCAACUGUCAAUUGCCAUGCUGUCAAUGUCCUGUGACAAAUGGAAAUCCUACACCAUUCAAUGUCACUGACAUUCCUCACUUUGUGCUUUUCACCUUUGUUGGUAAUUUAAAUCAACACACAUUCGAUCCGAUUCGUUCACUGCUCAAUCCUGCUCAUCGGAACCCAAACAAAUGUCCCAUAUCAUCUACAUUCUUUGUGAAUGACAACUACACAGAUUAUUGUUUAGUACAACGUUUAUUCAAUAAUCGGAAUGAAAUAGCUAUGACAACUUCAAGUAAUCGAUGUCCAUUAACGAAUUGUUACGAAGAGAAUCACUGGCGUCGAUGGAUCGAUAAUGAUUGGAAACGUGAAAUUAAACAACAACGAAGCAAUCUCAUCGAUCAAUCGCACAUACAUCAAUCUCAUCUCAAAGGUUUUCGCGUUCCACACUUACAAAUCGACGAAAAUAAACAUUUGAAUUUCAUUCGAAAUUAUCAUUUUCAUUAUGAUUCGUCCAUGUUAUUCAAAUCAUCGAAUUUAAUUUGGCCAUUUACGAUGAAUUACUUGACGAAUACAACUGACUGUAUUAAUUGUGAUGAAUCCAGUCAAACCAUCGACGCACUAUGGCAAUUUCCAUUACAUGAAUGGAGCCAUCCAAAAACAAGUACAACUUGCCGAACGCUUUCCGAUUCAUCUUGUUUACCCGAGGAUGAAAUACAGUCAGCCGAUUCGUUCUUUGAUUUAAUUAAAUACAAUUUCGAUCGUCAUUCAUCGCUGCAACUCGGUCAACGAUCUCCGUUUAUAAUCGAACUAGAUCUUUUCUGGCUUGCCGAUCAUCAAAAUAAACGUUUAGAAGGGUUGAUUCGUUUCAUCGAAUACAUCCUAAACAGUGAAGAUCAUCAGCAUGUCUAUUUCGUCUCGAUCGAACAAGCACUCGAAUGGUUGAAAUAUCCACGAAAACUGAACGAACUCGAUGAGUUUUGGGCAUUUGGCUGCAGCGAUAUAAUCUAUGAUUAUGAUAUCGAUUGUAUCGAUUCCGAUGGAAAUUCUUCGAAGAAACAAGAAGCGAAACGCUUGACAGCGGGCAAUGGAUCAAAUAAGACCGAUUCGCAACCGAUCGAUCGACAAGCGGAAGACUUGUUUCGUAGUAGUAUCGUCUUUCAUUCAGUCUGGGUUUUUAUUCUUUUAAUUCUCGUCGUUCUCUUUUAUGAUCAUUAUUUUUCCAAAAAAUGA